AUGACGACGACGGCGACGACGCCGGCGGUGGCGGCGGCGGCGGCGGCGGCGACGGCUACGGCAACGACGGCGGCGACUGGUUCCUCUACCGCCGUCGCGGACGGCGGCACCGGCGAGGGCGAGUUGUCGGCGGAGGAGGCGCUCGAUCUGAUCUUGCAGACGAUCCUUCCGUGCCUGCUGCUCGGCUCACUCACCGUUGUCGUCUUCCCCGGGCGGUGGCGGACUCUGCGGGAGAAGCUCGAGCGCCUCCGUUGCUCCCUGUCGGACGCCGCCCGUUGCUCCGGAUGGUCCCGCCACCCGCUCCUGCUGGACCUCCUGCCGCCGCUGCUCGCCAUUCUCCGUUCUCUGUGCUCUCUCUCAGAUCGCUGCCACGAUCCGUCUCUUCCGGGAGGCAAGCUCCUCCUCCAGAGCGACCUCGAUAUCGGCGCCUCCUCCCUCUCCCUCCGUCUCCAUGACCUCGAUCUCCUCCUCCGCUCCGGCCUGCUCCAGCGAGGAGACCACCUCCACCGCCACCACCACCACCGAUCGAGCUCCGAGGCUGCCGAUCCGUCCACCGGCGCCGGAGACAACGCCAUUGUGCUGCUGCAGCCUGGAGCGUCGGCUUCCAAGGAGGAUUUGUCCCUCUAUGUUCGCGACCUAUUCAUUCGCCUCCAGAUCGGCGGUGUGGAGUUCAAGAGGAAGGCUCUCGACUCCCUCCUCAACCUCUUCGCCACCGGCGGCGGCGGCGGCGGAGAAGGGGACGGCGUCGCCACCAGGAUUGCUGCCCUGGUGGCCAGGGAAGGGGACGUCGCCUUCCUGAUUCACCUCAUGGAGGCGUCCUGUGAGCAGCACGCCGCCCGUGAGCAGGCCGCCGCCGCCGUCUGCUUCCUCGCCACUGGUUCUGAAAUCUCCAGGAAGGCCGUCUUCGAGGAGGGGGGUCUCGGACCCUUGCUCCGCCUCUUGGAGACGGGGUCCGCUCCUCUGAAGGAGAAGGCCGCCGCCGCCGUCGAGGCGAUCACCACCGACGCCACCAACGCGUGGGCGGUCCCGGCCUACGGCGGCGUCCCAGUGCUGAUCGAAGCCUGUCGGCAGUCGCGUUCCCAUGGGAUUCGCAGCGGCGCCGCCGGUUCUCUCCGGAAUCUGGCGGCGUUGGUCGUCGACGCGCGCGCUGCAAUGGCGGAGGAGGGGGCUGUCCCUGUGCUGCUCGAGCUCUUGUCGCCGUCUCCCGGCGGUGGAGGCGUUGCCGACGACAGCGCCAGGAUGAAGGCCGUCCAGUGCCUCGGCAUCCUCGCCACCACCGGCGGUGACGGCAGCACGGAGGUGGAGAAGGUGAGGUCCUGCAUAAUCCAAGAAGGUGGCCUCCACAAGCUCUUGCAACUGUUUCGAGAGAUGGCGGCGGCGAGCUCGGAGCUGGCGGAGCACGUUCUCCGAGGGAUCCUCGCCCUCUCUGCUUCGCCGUCCGCCAUGAAGAUCCUGUCCUCCUCCUCUGCGUUCUUCCUUCAGCUAACCGAGACGAUCAAACACGGGAAUCCGGCGAUGCAGCAAAUCGCCGCCACUCUCCUCUCCGAGCUUCCUCUCGGCGAGGAGACCAAGCGGUCCAUGACCGGCGUCAUGGCGGCGCUGUUGAAGCUGAUGGAGUCGCCGAAGCCGGCGAACUCCCAGGAGGUCGCCGCCCGCGCCUUGGUCUCGCUCCUGGCCGUGAGGUCCAGCCGGAAGGAGCUCUCCAAGGACGAGAAGAGCAUGACGAAGCUGGUCGGCCUGCUCGAUCCCGCCAACGACUGGGUCAGGAAGGAGCUCCCCGUGGCCGUCAUCUGCAUGGUGGCCGGCGGCGGCGCCGGUUGCCGGAGAAGGGUCGCCGCCUGGGGAGCUUGCCAGCACCUGCAGAGGCUGGCGGAGGCGGAGGUCCCCGGAGCCAGGAAGGCGCUGCAGAGGAUGACCGGCGGCCGGAUCAAGAAUAUCUUCUCCUCCAUCGCCUGGAGGGAGUGA